CUCAAGCUUUAAACAUCGUGCUGAAAACGAUCGCAAAAACAAAAUCGGGAAAAAAACAAGAAUACGUCUAAACAAAAAUUCUUUUUUUUUAAGAUAAAAGUGUUAAAAUUAAACUAAAUAUUAUAAGAAAAAAAUUUUAAAUAAAUUAUGGUCAUGGAAAUGUCCAAAACCUAUCAGUAUCGCAAGGUAAUGAAACCUUUGCUUGAAAGAAAAAGACGCGCCCGCAUCAACAAGUGUUUGGACGAUCUUAAGGAUUUAAUGGUGGAAUGUUUAACCCAAGAGGGUGAACAUGUUACGCGUUUGGAGAAAGCCGAUAUAUUGGAAUUAACUGUGGAACACAUGCGCAAAUUGAAACAGCGCGGUAAUUUGGCUUUACGUACCACUACUCUCAAUGCCCAUGUUGAAUCCUUUCGUUCGGGUUAUGUGCAUGCUGCCGAUCAAAUUUCUCAAGUAUUGCUGCAGCAAUACAUUGACGAUGAGGUGAAGGGCAAAUUAAUGAAAUUCUUAUCCUCGCGCCUUAUGGAUAUGCAACACAAUGUUUUAAUACAUUCCAGUACCAAUACUUCCUCCUCCUCGCCAGCCAUGCAAAAGACAUUUUUCGAUAAUGUCAUUUUCAGAGAUCAAACCAAAUCUUUAGGAUCUACAAUAGCAACAACAUCACCUCAUUACAAUCACACAACAGCUAAGACAAACCAACUAAUGGAUAAUAACAUCACAGAUGAUUUGAAGGAAAAUGAUAUGAUUGAUAUUAUCACAGUGGAUAACAAUUCCAUGGAUACCAAUUCAGUAUUAUCUAGCGAUUCCAGCAAUUCCGAAACCGUUUGGCGACCUUGGCAAAAAGAAUCUACGGAAAUGUGCAAAAUCUAAAUUGCAACUCUUACUGUUUCCUGUCAUCUGACUCCUUCCUUUAAAAUAUUAAAUAAUACUUAAAACUAAAUUAUCUAAAAACGAUAUCAAAUCGUAUGAAACAACAGAAUCUUUAGUCUUCCACCAUAAAUUAAAUAAUAAUAAUAAUAAUUGACACACUUGUUGGCACCAGUGAAGCUCUAUCCAUUGUGUAAAUAACUAAAUAUAUAAUUAUAUUAAAGCUGUGAUAUAUUUAAUUAAUUAAUAGUACUACUUAUUAGUAAAUUACUUGAAAGAUAUUUUAUUUAUUUGGAUUUUGCAAAACCAAAUCUUACUUGAAUUAUUAUUUAUAUAAU